AUGGCAGUUGGCAACGGAUCCACCCCUUCUUCCACCAUCCCAAGCUGGAGCCUCGAGGGCAAGGUUGCCGUUGUCACCGGCGCAGGCCGUGGCAUUGGCAAGGAGAUGGCCCUCGAGCUCGCCCGCCGUGGCGCGAAGGUUGCCGUGAACUACGCCAACAGUGCUGAGACCGCCGAGCAGGUGGUGCAAGAGAUCAAGAAGAUGGGCUCCGACGCCAUCGCCAUCAAGGCCAACGUCGCCAACGUCUCCGAGACCAUCGCGCUCAUGGACAAGGUCGUCGAGCACUUCGGCAAGCUCGACAUCUGCUGCUCCAACUCUGGCGUCGUCUCUUUCGGCCAUCUCAAGGAUGUCACCGAGGAGGAGUAUGACCGCGUCAUGCAAAUCAACACCCGCGGCCAGUUCUUCGUCGCCCGCGAGGCGUACAAGCACAUGGAGGUCGGCGGCCGCAUCAUCCUGAUGGGCUCCAUCACCGGCCAGGCCAAGGGUGUCCCCAAGCACACUCUGUACUCUGGCUCCAAGGGUGCUAUUGAGACCUUCGCCCGCUGCAUGGCCAUCGACUGCGGCGACAAGAAGAUCACCGUCAACGUCGUUGCCCCCGGCGGCAUCAAGACUGAUAUGUACCAUGCCGUGUGCAAGGAGUACAUCCCAGGUGGUGAUAAGAUGAACAACGACCAAGUCGACGAGUACGCUGCCACCUGGUCGCCCAUGAACCGCGUUGGCCAGCCCAUCGACAUUGCCCGCGUCACCGCCUUCCUUGCCUCCCAAGACGGCGAGUGGGUCAACGGCAAGGUCAUUGGCAUUGACGGCGCCGCAUGCAUGUAA